AUGGAUGAUGACAGUCUGAUUCUAUCCAACAAGAUUGAGAGCAUACCGAAAAAUCUCAAGAAAUACUGGCUCAACAGAUAUUCGCUGUUUCACAGGUUUGAUGAAGGUGUGUUCCUGACCAAAGAGAUGUGGUUCUCGGUGACACCCGAAGACAUUGCGAUUUUCGUCGCCAAGUUCAUCAAGCAUUGCUACCCUGAUGCCAAACUGGUGCUGGACCUGUUUUGUGGUGCGGGCGGGAACCUCAUCCAAUUUGCGAGAUACUUCGACCGAGUCAUUGGCAUCGAUUAUAACGAGUCAAGUCUGAUGUGCACCAGAGCGAAUGCCCUUGUGUACAAAGUGGAUCCUUCGUGCUACGAUUUAUGGCAAUCUGACUGGAGCUCGCCGAGCAAGGAGGCAGUUGAGGAACUCAAGAGACAAAAGGUGGAUGUGGCAUUCGCGUCCCCACCUUGGGGUGGGACUGGAUAUCUCGCUCACAAAAGUUUCAAUCCGAACAAACUCCAGCCAUUGCCUUUGAAAGAGUUAUUGCAAAGUAUGUUCGAGAUCACCGCGAACGUGGCACUGUUUCUACCCCGCAAUACCGACCUAGAUAUUUUGUCGAAGGUAACGAGGGAAGUGUUGGGGGACACAGGCAAGUGUAAGGUGUCUAACAUCUAUAAUGAAGGCAGAUUGAAGGGUAUCAUCUGCUACUGGGGGAAGAGUUUUGUUGAGUAUGAAAAGACUGAAUGA